AUGUAUUCUCGACGACUUUUCUAUUAUGUUUCUCGUAUUAAUCGUGGGUCGCGAGUACCCGGUCGUUUCGAUAAUAGUUCAGUAGGAAAAACUUUUUUCUCAACAACAAAUCGAAAUGCGUAUCCCGCGACCUCAAAUGCUGCCUUUUUAUCGUCAUCGAAUUAUAAAAAAUCAGCAUCAAAGUUUUUUGUUGCUGCAUGUUCGGUCACUGCUGCUGUUGGUACUUUGGCUUAUUGUAAUGCCAAUCCACUACACGCCGAAGAAACGGCAAAAUUCGCCGGAAAAAAAGGCACAAGUUCUGAACGCACUUUCAUAAUGAUUAAACCGGACGGGGUAACACGUGGACUCGUUGGCGAUAUUAUUUCACGAUUCGAGAAACGCGGAUAUAAAUUGGUGGCGAUAAAGUCUUUGGUGCCGAGUCGACAGCUGGCUGAACAGCAUUAUGCUGAUUUGAGUACUAGACCGUUUUUCAAGGGGUUAGUGAACUAUAUAACAAGCGGAAAGGCGCCGGUUGUGGCUAUGGUUUGGGAAGGAAAGGACGUAAUUCGCCAAGGUCGCAUUAUGAUUGGCGCUACUAAUCCUUUAGAUGCAGCUCCGGGAACUAUUCGUAAUACUUAUUCUAUUAGUAUUGGUCGUAACAUUAUUCAUGGCUCAGAUUCUUUUGAUACGGCCGAGCAAGAAAUCGGAUUGUGGUUCGGAAAACCGGGUGAAUUGGCUUCUUGGGAACCAGCGAAUUGGAAUUGGAUCAUGGCUGAAAAUUAA